AUGCAGCGUGCCCUGGACACCAUGUCCUUUAUCUACAGCUCACUAGGACUUGCGAUCAACACCCCAAAAACUGAGGUCAUGAUACAGGAGAGGUGUCCAUCCUCUGUCAAUCCAGUGUUCAGCAUCAAUGGUACACCCCUCCAGACCGUCCAGCAGUUUUGUUACCUUGGCAGUAUGUUAACACCUGCCUGCCACAUUGACCACGACAUCGAGGCCCGUAUCAAUCUGGUCUCAGCUGCCUUUGGUAGACUGCGCUCUUGUGUCUUUGAGAACCGCACUUAA